CCCCGGAAAGCGGCGCUCACGCAGGCGCGGCGGGCGCACGUGGCACCGGUGGUACCAUGGCGAGCGGGAAGGAGCGCCUGGAUCGUGCCCAGGUGAAGAAGGCGGUGGAGGCUCUCUUGGCUUUCGCCAAAAGCAAGGCCAAGGGAGACGCGCUGCUCCUCAACGAUUGCGAGAGCGUCCAUCUCCUGGUGACGGUGUGGAAGGUCCCGCAGGUGACAAAAGUCAUCAGAAUACCACUGCCCCAUGGCAUUCGACCAGAAACAGCUGAGGUUUGCCUGUUCACAAAGGAUGAACCAAAUUUGUCAGCAGAACAGACUGAAAAUCUGUACAAGAAACUUUUACUCCGGAAUGGGAUCAGAAGUAUUAGCCGGAUCAUCUCUUACAAAACCCUCAAAAAGGAGUAUAAAAUGUUUGAAGCGAAGCGGCGCCUCCUGAACAGUUUUGAUCUCUUUCUGUCUGAUGACCGAAUUAGAAGGCUUUUGCCCUCACAUCUGGGAAAACACUUCUAUGAAAAGAAAAAGGCACCUUUAUCUGUAAACCUGAAAGCCAGAGAUCUUGCCAAGGAACUAGAAAAACAUAUCCAAGGGACUAUACUCCCAGUUAACAACAAAGGGUGCUGUUAUACAACACGCGUAGGUCACACCGGGAUGAAAGUGGAUGAGAUACUUGAGAAUAUCAUUGCAGCAGCAAAAGUGAUUGGUAACAAGUUACCAAAGAAAUGGAAAAAUGUGAAAAUUCUUCACCUCAAAACACUUAAAUCUGUUGCACUUCCAAUAUUUACUGCAAAUCUUUCCAACCUGGAUGAGCUUGACAAACAGCCAGCUCUCAAGAAAAAUGAAGUAAAGAAGGCAAAACUGAAGAAAGUGAAGAAGACAGCUAAAAAACUGAAGUCAAGUCAAGUCACUGUGACAACAAAAAGUAAAGCUGCUGCUGGUACCCAGGAGCCUGUGAUAAAAGAAAAAGUAGAAAUAGCCCAAGAACCAGGUGAUUGUGAUGAUGAAGAAAUUCCCCAACUGGUGCCUAUAGAAACAACGAGCUCAGCUGACCUGAAGAAAAUGGGACCAAGUCCAGAAAAAGGUGACAAUGCGGGCAAGAAAACCAAAACACCCUUAAGAAAGAGAAAGAAACCAUCUCUAGCGGUGGAUACCCCAAAAUCAAAACCUGAGGUUACAGAGGAGUGUACAAAAGAGAAAAAAGCCAAGCAGGUCAACAAGCCAAAGGAAGGAAUAAAAGAAAAAGACACGAAAAAGACUCCAAAAAAACCUGAAGCAAAGUCUUUUGCAGCACCGAAAGCUGGCAAGUCAAUACAGUCAGCCAGGAAGGCUUCAAAACCACCGAAGCAGGCACCCAAAAAGGUGCGCGUGCCGCAGUCAGCAUGAACCGUGUCUUGUAACACACUGUGUAUCAUCAUCCCGUGGUGUAUUUUCAGUAAACAUUUAUUGAUGAAGUAAAAUACCUUCUUAGGAAAUCUGAUCCCAAGAGCUUUUUUUCACCAAGAUCUGUAAUGAUUCAUUGGUUUCCUUCUAAUUUACAAUCUGGUACAAAUAAAUUCACUGUCUUAAUGACCAUAUCACCUUUUAUUUUUUCCUGGCCCAAACCAAAAACACUCAAAUUUUUCAAGUGCCAAAGAGCAGAGAGAGGUCUAUCCCAGGGAAAAAAGCUGAGAAAUAUUUUAAUAAAUGCUGUCUUUCUGAAGCAAGAAGCAUGUGUGCCAAGAGCAGCAACCUACAUGUGCUUUUAAAGGUGAAAAAACUGCUACAGAUUUUUUAAAAAUUGUUCAAUAUAAUAAAGACAGGUUGAUAUUUAAGUUAGCAGCCUGAUCCCAAGCCCAUGUUGUAAUUUUUAGCUGUUUUUACCUAGGGUAUUUGUGAUUUUAAAAAGACACAAGACAAUUUUGCUUUAACCAUAUAUAUUUUACAUCAUUCAAAAUCUUACCUUCAGUUUUGGGCUCUUUCUGCUACCAGAACAGGUUUGGAGUAUUUCUGCGUAAUGGUCACUGAACUGUUAUUCUUCCGUCUCAAAAAAGCCAAAGGCUGUGUGAAUUCCAGUUGUGCCAGCCAAGUGAACUUGCCCUAUUAAGGCAUGAAAAAUACAUUCUUUAGGAUUGAAGGGUGGUAUAUUUGAAAUUUUACAGAACUGCCCAGUUGUUCUCUGUAUGAUCACUUGUCUGUCCUUUGCAGAGUGAGACUGUGAGGCAGAUGUGUGUUGAAAAGUCCUAGCAGUAAAAACUCCAAAUAGGAAAAAGGUGAAAAGAGACAAGAUGAAGUAACCAGCCUCAUUUGUCAUUCCAAAAACCCUCCCACAUCUCCUUUUUAGGGCAUCCUCAUAUCAAGAUACUGGCUACCUAGAAAGAAAGUGGGUACUAAAUAAAAUGUGGUAAACACUAAUGAAUAUGAAAAUA